UUUACCACUACGAUCGCUUGCGGUCAGGCUGAGAAGUCAACGAAUCAACAUGGUGGACGAAAUGUACUCGUAGAAACAGAGUGGAGUUUGACGAUUCCUCGCCCUCGCGGAUUAUGUUUAUUUACGCCGUCAUCGCUCAUUUGUGACACGCCGCUUCGUCUUCCGUCGAAUGAUGGCAACGAACAACGAUAUCGCACCUGGAAACAGCACACUCUCACGCAACUACUCGCUGAAUUCGGGCUCGUCUCGCGACCGCGAGAACGAAGCGCUGAAGCAGCAGCUGGACAAAGCCAACUCGGAGUCGAUCACGCUGCGCGCGCGUCUUGCGCACGCGAUGAAGGAGCUUGACUACUACCGGCAUCACGCCAAGAUGGACUCCGGCCAGGUGAUCGACUUCGACAACUUGCGCAAGUGCUAUGAGGAGCUGGACGAAUCGCACGCGCAGACACUACUCAAGUUGGAAAUGGCGCAGGACGAGACGAAACGCAUCAGCAAGCAAUACGAAGAAGUUAAUCAAGAGCGCAAUACUUCUUUGCGUGAAGUUUCGGGCUUGAAACAACAAAUAACGAAGGCGUACAGUCAGAUGGAUAAAUUAAUUCGAGAUUGCAAUAAGUUCCGCGAGGCGUUGCAGAUCUCACAGCAGAAGUAUGACGAUGCUGUUAAGGAAGUCAAACAGGCGCUGACUUUCCGCCAGAAGGCCAACAAGGAAGUGCAGCGGCUCACAGAAGAGCGCAAUGCGACAAUGACGGAAUACAAUCUGAUUAUGUCGGAAAGAGACACUGUGCACAAGGAAAUGGAGCGCCUCUCGGAUGACUUAUCACAGGCGAAGCGCAAAAACAAGCUGCUCGAGUCCGACAAUAAAGAUCUCCUUGAAGAAAAGCAGGGUUUAAACAAUCAGCUAGAAUCACUCCGGCGUGAGAUUGCGUCAGCGCUGCAUGAUCGUGACAAGGCGCUCAAGGAAUGCAACGAUCUGCGCGAAAAGUUCGGCGAGUACACAACCAAGGAAGACAACGUGCUGAAAUCGCCACUCAAUUGCAACUACGCGCAGGGCGAGAAUUCCAUGCGCAAAGAAAUCCAGGUAGCUAACUUCUCACAACGCCAGCGUCUCGAUAACCUGGACCAGGCUAAUCAGGAACUCGAAAGUCUGCGUAAGAGUUUAGACAAAACACAACUUGAGCUCACCGAAGCUCUGCAAGAGGCUGAUGUGAGUAAAGGCCGGCGUGACUGGGCUUUCUCCGAACGCGAUAAAAUAGUGUUGGAGCGCGAAAGCAUCCGGACACUAUGCGACAAAAUGCGCAAGGAACGCGAUCGUGCUGUUUCCGAACUCGCUGAAUCUCUGCGGGAGUCCGAUGCGAUUAAAAAGCAACGCAAUGAAUUAUUGAAAGAAGUGAAGACGUUGAAGGAGACGCUCGAGAUGCACAUGGAGAAAGAGUCGAAUUUGAAUCAAGGUUUUCUUGCGCAUAAUCACUCGCAUGACAGCGCCAUUGACAGCGACAUGCAGGAAUGGGAGACAGAGACGCUGGAAAUGGAUUUAACUGGUAUGUCAAUCGAGAAAGACAUCGGUUUUGAUCUUGGUGGCGGUAUAGAAGACGCGCAGUAUCCGAAUCACGAUGUUUACGUGACUGACGUCGCGAAGGGAACUGUAGCGGACGGAAAAUUACGGAUAAAUGAUUGUAUUGUUCGAGUGAAUAACUUGGAUUGCACGAAAAAUAUGACGAAACGUAUUGUUAUGGAUACGAUACGGUCUAGUGCGCCGAUUGUACAUCUUCUCGUACGUCGCCGGCGUAGAAAUAAUUGGUCUGGCGUAAGCAGUAAUAAUUCCUCACUGCCUACUUCUCCGAAUACUCCGCAAACGCCAGCGAAAGUUGCGCGUUGGGUGCACACCGCUAAACUUCCACCUGGGUUAAGUCACGGUAUCAUGCUUGAGUCGGGCGUUUAUAUCAGUAAAAUAUGUGAGGGUGGUUUGGCUGGAAAGGAUACCAGUCUUGUCGUAGGCGAUCGUGUCCUGCGAGUUAAUCAUAAAUCCAUGGAUGGCUGCGAUGCGAUUCAUGACGCCAUGCGUAUUUUGAACGAACGCAAUGAUUCGAUUACGAUCACAACUUUAAAGAUGUCUUACUUAGAUACAGAGAAUACGAAUGUGUUUAUUCCGGUACAGCGGUAUAAAAAAGAGAAUCGUAGUUCGCAAACGGACGAUUUGCAUUAUUAUAGUCAACCGAGUUCGUAUCCAUCGUCGAAUUCGAGCGGUGGCCAUACUUGUAACAAUUCUAGCCGACUGACAGUCGAUCACAAUCGUGCGAAAUCGGCGCAAGAGAAAAGUCAUGCGUGGUUGCGUGAAAAGUUCGAUCUUGUCCGCGGGCGUAGACAUUCAAAGGACCGCAAUCGGACCCUGGAGGAUAAAAAACGUCAAGGGCACGCGGAAGAUAUGAGUCUGAAUGGUAACUAUGAGCAUGAGAAAGUUAUCGCUGAAUUGGAUAGUAUCAUUGAUACACACGGCCAGCCGAAUAAUUCUUCAACGUUUAAACGCCCAAAACAUCGCAGUAAGGAAAGUUCCCUGCAGGAGAAGAACGGUGGCACUUGGCCGAAGACCAGGGCAACCAUUUUGGGUACCGCGUCAAAUGUUGGUACAAUUACUAACCGUACCAAACAACGUCCACCAUUGUCACUACUCAUUAGCAACACCGACGGUGAAGAUUAUCUCUUCGAUUCGUCAGUCGGUGUGCCCAAUUCGGCGCAACUACGCAACACCAACAGCACGAUUAUCAAUAGUAAUCGUUCGACAAUGUCCGCCAUGUCGAACAUCUCGAACGAAUCGUCGAAUCACAGCCAGAUGCCGCUGCCGCGCGCCUCGAAUCGGCACUCUAGCGUAAUCAGCGGCUUCGGCAACGACUCCUACGAGAAACUACGCCACAAUCGAUUAUCGAUCAAUAUGAAAAGCGAUGAUUCUCUGGAUUUCAACCCGCCGAUCAAGCCGCGCAUCGGUGACAAAGACAUCAAGUACUAUCACACGUCGCCUUACAUGCCGCAUGUCAGUAAGCAGCCGAAGUACAGCUCGGAUUCGGAGCGAGAGAGUUUGCUACAUCACGAUAUAGCUAUGCAGGUGCAUCAGGUCCGUUUGCAGUCACCGUUGUUCGCACCGCGCGUGCCUUUCCCAUUUCAUCCCCAUCCACAUCCCCAUUUGAAUAUGGCGAGUACCAAUAGCAACAACAGCAGUCACUCAAGAGAAAGCGUUGGCGGAUAUGAACUACCCGCUUAUAAUCCGAUUCAUUAUCAUGGACAUUCACUGUCGGCGGAAGUACACCAAAAGCGGCCAAUGUUGGGUAUGAACACGAUUGCCUCGCAGCACUCGCAACUAGAUCGUGAGAUACGUGACUCGCGGGAGUAUUAUACUCCCGGUGGGUUUGAGCUGCCGAAUGUCGGCACGUUUCCGCGUAAAGGUAAGGAGAACCAGCGCUUUCGCAUACCGAGCAAUCCGUCGGUUAACUCGAAGAACUCCACAGGCAAGAUCAGUACCGGAUCGAUUGAACGCACCUCGGAGCGUGGCAGCCCGUCGCCGAUCUUUAACGUAGAGAUUCUCAAACGCAGCAAUGUGCCGGAGUACGGCUGGUCGCAGAAACAACUCUCCGGUGAGUUGCGCAAGGUUUACAUUGAUAAAUCCAACGAACCGCUUGGGAUACAGAUCAACUGCCCGGACAGUGGUGGUAUUUUUGUAUCCAGAGUGGACGAGAACAGCCUGGCGAGUCGCGUAGGUCUGCAAAUCGGUGAUCAAUUGUUGGAAGUGUGCGGAAUUAAUAUGCGCAAUGCCACCUAUGAUCUCGCCGCGAAUGUAUUGCGCCAAUGCGGGAAUUCCAUCACAAUGCUGGUGCACUCACCAGAUAAAUUCGUUGAGAUUGAAGAGGGAUCUGGUUCGGAGGAUAAUUCUUGCAGUAGUAGUGCUGAACCUACUCCGUGUAACUCUCCGAAAGAAAACCGAAAGAGUCUUAGUCUCAGUAGCAGUAACACUAAUCAAAGGAGUCUGCAACAGACCAAUCGUGAUUCACAGCAGAGGCAGAGCACUUCACGCAGCAGCAAAGCAAAAUCGACUGUGUCCACCGAAGAUGAACCGCGCUGCUUGUAUAUUGAAACGCACAAAACUUCCAAUUUGGGUAUUUCCCUCGUCGGUGGUAAUGCAGUCGGGAUAUUUAUACAUUCAGUACAGAGGGAUUCUCUUGCUGAGCAUGCGGGGUUGCGGACAGGCGAUCAGAUUCUUGAAUACAACGGGGCUGAUCUGAGAGUGUUGACUGCGGAAGAGGCUGCCUAUAUUUUAGCGAAACCGGCUGACAAAGUCACAGUUUUCGCACACUAUCGCAUUGAUCGCUACAAUGAAAUCAAAGACAAGCCGGGAGAUUCUUUAUAUGUGCGUUGUGGAUUUGAUCGGAGCGGCAGCGACUUGACAGACAACGAUCAAUUGUACUUCAACAAGGAUGACAUCCUCUACGUUGAUAAUACCAUGUUCAGAGGUAAUCCAGGCCAUUGGUUAGCCUGGAAACUGGAUAGCGAGGGAAAUCCCUCUAUGCAAUGGGGGAUUAUUCCUUCGAAAUACAAAGUUGAAGAACAAUUGAUGCUGCGCCGCAGUAGCGGUGAUUUAGAGUCACGCGGGUCAACAUCAGCGCGGCGCAGUUUCUUCCGACGCAAGAAGCAUCAGCGUAGUGGAUCACGAGACUCGAAAGAACUAGCGUCCUUUAGUAAUGUCUCCUCGGGAUGGUAUUCAGACAAUGGGACAAUGGAAGAUCUGUCGCUGUGCUCCUACCAACGCGUUGAAAGACUUGACUGUCCAGAAUUUCGGCCGGUACUAGUUCUGGGUCCACUGGCCGAAUGUGUCGUGGAGAAGCUCAUUGCUGACUUCCCGGAUAAAUUCCGCAAGUGCGUCAUUGAAAUCCGUCAGAAUCAAGCCCAACUGGAGCAGGAGAUUGCCGAAAACCUUAUUAUUGACUACAAGCGCAAGGGGAACUAUUUCGAGUGUACGACUGUGUCGGCAAUCAAGCAAAUUUGCAUCUCGCAACAACAUUGUAUGAUUGACAUACCGAUAUCGUGCGUUGAAAAGCUGCAUCGCCACCAGAUCUACCCUAUCGUCUUGUUAAUCAAGUUUAAAAGCACGAAACACAUCAAGGAGAUUAAAGACACCCGUUUCUCCUUAGAUAAGCUGUCCGGCAAGGCUGCCAAGGAAAUGUACGAACACUGCCAGAAAUUAGAGGCGGAAUACCGACAUCUCAUCACUGCUGUUAUACCAGCAGGCGUGAAUGUUACUUACAUGAGUACACAAGUUUUGACAGCCGUCGAUUCCGUGCACAGCAAAAGUCAAUGGGUGCCAGUUUAAAAGAAAAAGUUUAAAAAUCAACCUAACGAAAAAGUUUAAAAAUCAACUCAUAGAUUGCCAAAUAAUACACACAAUAAUACAAAUGCGAAGGUAUGACAAGAACAAUAACUAAGUAAGUAUACAAUUUUCUAUUUUCUAUAUAAAAUCGAAUGCUUCGAUUUCGUACGAGAUUUACACCAGUUUUUGACGUCUUUAUCGAUCGACAAAGCGCGAAAGACGAAUUGAGCGAAAACAAAUGAACAAAAUGAACAAUUCUCUACUGACUCAAACAAAUAAUCGAAUAUUAAGUAUUAGGCGCAAUGUAUUGCGGCGUAUUAAUUAGUCGUUGCAGUUCGUUAGUGAGCAGGCAGGUAAUCAUUAAGUGAUGUGAGUAUUUUGUAUAUGUAUGCGUGUAAUUGUUACGUUGUUCUGUUUUGUUUCUGUUUAUUAUUUUUUUGAUUUUAUUUUACGUUUCUGUGAUUUGAUGACGUUUUCUUCUUUAAUCUUUGAAAUGUGCUCAGAAUAGAAAUUCGAUUCGUCGGCGCGCGCGGGCUGAACACCGCCCGCAUUUAUCAACUCACAAAUCGUUGAAGCAAUCCAGUCAAUCAAAAGUAGACAAGACAACAUGUUAAUAAUCAUUAUAUAAGUGUGUGAUCGUCGUAGACUGUAGAGGGUUGUGAUCUUUUAUACCUCAAGAUGAUUCGGCGCUUGUUCAGCCCCUGCACGGCCAGCCUCGUUAUUAAACAGAACGGAACGCAGCCAAUUACUGAGAAGAAAACGAAUUGUUUAAGAACACGAUAUUCAACGAUAUUAUAUUGUAUAUUAUGUAUUUUUAAUAGUGAUUGUUUUAUAUAUUGAUUUAUUAGGUUAUAACACUUUAUAUACAUAGUAUCUUCCAAAGAAAGAAAGUAUGUCAUUUAUAAACGA